AUGGCCAUCCCCCUCGCCCACUUCGACGCCACCCGCAAGCAAAACUAUGUCGAGGUCUCCUCCGCAGGCCUGGGAGCCCAGAUCGUAGCCUGCUCAGACGACUUUUUCGUCUCGAGACACAACCUCAUCAAGCCCACCCCGUCUGUAUCCAUGAAAGGGCAGUUCGGACCGAACGGUGCGCUCUACGACGGCUGGGAGUCCCGGCGCCACAACCCGGCCUUCGACUGGAUCAUCAUCCGCCUCGCAACCCCCGUCACCUCCAUCCACUAUGUCGACAUUGACACCUCGCACUUUAACGGCAACGAGGCGCCCCAGUCUCAAGUCUUUGGCCUCACUCUCCCCUUGGACGGGUCUGUCCCCAAAUGGACCCCGAAAAACGAAGGAUGGGAGGAGAUCUUGCCUCUAGUCGACUUGGGACCGGACAGCAGGCACAUCUUUGAAGUCAACAAUGUCGGCAAGCAAGGCAAUUUUGGUGCUCUCAUGGUCCGUAUGAUUCCAGACGGAGGUAUGGCCCGUUUCAGAGCCUACGGUCUUCCCCACCCUCCCUUCAUCCCGAAAUCUUUGCCUACCAACUGGCAGUCUCUCGAGGCUACCAACCUUCUCUCCCCUCUGAUCGGCGGCCGUAUCAUUGCCUGCUCUGACGCCCAGUUCUCCCCACCUGGAAACCUCCUUCUGCCCGGGAGAGGACACGAUAUGUCGGAUGGGUGGGAGACGAAGCGGAGCCAGGCGGGGAGGGGCAAGAAGGAGUGGGUCGUGGCGAGGUUGGGGGUGCCCGGUGUCAUCAGCCACGUAGAGGUCGAUACCGCUUUCCACCCAGGCAACUAUCCUCGAGAAUGUUCCCUUGAGGCCACCCUCUCCUCCGACGAGUCUCUUGACUCGGCUACAUGGACUACCAUAGUCCGCAAAUCGCCCCUCGGUGCCCACCGUCAACACUACUUUAACCUCGAACCCUCUAUCCCCGCCACGACCGUUUUCUCCCAUAUCCGCUACAACAUCUACCCCGAUGGUGGCUCCAAGCGCGUCCGUAUCUUUGGCCAUCCCAUCGACCCUACCUCUCCUGACGCUCAAUCUGCUUCAGAGGAGCUGAUCAUCCCAGCCCUGCCUCUGACGCCAGAGACGUUCAAAGAGUACGGCGAGGUCAUUCAAGGGUUCUCAUUGCCCACUUCAGCGCCCAAGGGAAUCAACGUCAACAUUGCCAACCAGGGCACAGCUUUCAAAUUCCACCGACUCGCUCUCCCCAGACACACAUACCCUCCCGGGACACUCCCCAAAGGCGGUCUCCACGUCGGCGCUGUUCAAGCCAAGAGCAAGCUCGACAUUUCGCUUCCUCGAAAGAUCAGGGUGGACUUGCUGGAAAGACAUGCGCACUCGACGCAGGCGUUUAUCCCCAUGGGCGCGGAAGAGGGGAAGAAGCAGGGUGGAUAUGUGGUUGUGGCUGCUUUGGCUGGUCCGGAUGGACAGCCGGAUUUGAGCACUGUGAGGGCGUUUGUGGCUAGUGCGGCGCAGGGUGUCAACUAUGGUGUUGGUAUUUGGCAUCAUUCAAUGUUGACGGUCGGAGGCGACCUGAACUAUGCCAUUGUCGAAGCUCAGACUUCUGUCCCGGGCCAGAUUAUGGAUCUGGAGAAAGUCAAGCCGCCCAAAGAGCUGUCCAUUCAGGUACCUGCCUUCCCCUUCACCUCUUCUGAGGCCACCUCGUUGGUGAGGCCCCAGCCAUACAACCUCACUUCCACCCUCUCCUCCCUGCUCCCCACUGGAUCCACCCUCAAACCCAUCCCCAUCACCCCCGAAAACUUUGCCCCAUACGGCCAGCUCAUCACCACCUCCCCCUCUUCUUCCCACACCGAUACAGAGCAUGCUCCCGACGGUCUGACCGUCAAACACAACCGGCUCGCGCCCGUCACCACGAGCUACCCCGAAGACGCAGGGGCGGUGACGGGUAUCGCCGUAUUCAGGGCCACGCCCAAGGUGGGGCUCGAGAGGGGCAAGGCGUUCGAUCUGAGGUAUAUGGAGAGGCAUGCGUAUACUUCGCAGGCUUUCAUCCCCAUGGGCAAGGCCGAGUGGAAAGACCACUCUGAGCCCGCCAUACCUUCCGGCGGGCAAUUCCUCGUCGUCGUCGCCCCUGCGCACCCUUCCAUCCCCAAUACCCCCGAUCCCACCAAGGUUGAAGCUUUCUUGCUUCCUGCUCACCAGGGUCUUUCGUACAAUGCGGGCGUAUGGCAUCACCCGGUACUGGUCUUGGAUGAGACGAUGGAUUUGGCGUGUGUAGAGACGCAGGUGGCGACGGGGGUGGUGGACAGUGAUGAGCGGGAUUGUGAGCUGGUGAGCUGGGAGGGUGAUGAAGUGUUUGGGAGGGUCUUUGUGCCAGAGGCGUAA